AUCAUAUUACUUUCAGUGUAUAUUUUUUAACGGGCUAUUGACAAUAAUAUUAUGGUAUAAAUAAAAAUUCGUAAUAGUUCUCUAAAUUUAGUGUAAUUAGUUUAGUUUCUUCAUAAGUAAUUGUUUACAUCUCUCUCAUCUCAAUAUUUUGUUGAUACUCAUAGGCAUGAACAAUUUAUUUCUAUUUUUCGGUACGUGGUUUUUACAUUUUGCAUUCGCUCAAGACCCGUCUGGAUAUGUAGCCUACUGCCCGUGUAUGGGUCGCUUUGGUAAUCAAGCGGAUCACUUUUUGGGUGCUAUUGGUUUCGCCAAAGCUUUAAACCGUACUCUGUUGUUACCUCAUUGGAUCGAGUAUCGAUACGGCCAACCGAAAUCCGUUCAGAUUCCAUUCGAUACGUAUUUCAAAGUGGAUCCACUUUUACACUUUCACAAAGUCCAGUUGAUGGCCGAUUUUAUGAUCAAACAUUCUAACAGUGUGUGGACUCCAGAAAGCCGAACGUCAUUUUGUUACAUGCAAAGAGGUGAAUCAGUAGGAUGCAAUGCAAAAUCAGGUAACCCUUUUGAAUCGUUUUGGGAUACAUAUGGCAUUAAUUUUUCUUCUUCUGAAUUUUAUGCACCACUUAAUUAUGAUGUUUACCACCACGACAUGGCAUCGAAAUGGCAUGAAAAGUAUCCACCUACAGAAUGGCCAGUGUUAGCUUUUGUCGGAGCGCCUGCUAGCUUUCCAAUACAAAAGGAAAAUCUCGGAAUUCACAAGUAUUUAAUAUGGAGCAACCAAGUGAGUGACGAAGCAAAAACCUUUAUAAAUAAUAGAAUCAAACCCGGCAAAUUUAUUGGCAUUCAUUUACGCAAUGGUAUUGAUUGGAUACGAGCUUGUGAACACCUCACAAAGAAUUCGCUAUUAUUCUCAGCACCGCAGUGUUUGGGAUAUAGGAAUGAAUAUGGUAAAGCGACGGAGGAGUUAUGCUAUCCAACAUUUGAAACUGUUGUAAAACACCUAAAGAGGGUGAUUAGGAAAAAUGGGAAAGACAUAAGUACAAUUUUUGUAGCGUCUGAUAAUAAUCACCUUGUUCCUGAAUUAUCGCACGCAUUGGCGAGUUUCAAUUUGAAAAUUGUGAAGUAUGAUAAAGACAAUCCGCAUGUAGAUCUCGCAAUACUAGGCCGUUCAGAUUAUUUUAUUGGUAACUGUAUAUCCUCAUUCAGUGCUUUUGUUAAACGUGAGAGAGAUUCAAACAAUCUUCCAAGUGAAUUUUGGGCAUUUCCUGUUUAUCUAAAAAAUCAGUCAACUAAAGAAGAAUUGUGAGUAAAAAAAUAUAUUAAUUAUUUAGAUAAGUAUGUACUUUAUAAAAUUAAUAUUGGAUAUUACUUAUUUUAAUUUAUUAUUUAAUAUUGCAAUGAUUUUGAAAGUUUCAAGCCUUACCUUUUAAAAAAUUAUAUCAUAAAAUAUAUUACCUACUUUAUAUCUCAAUUUAAUACAAAUACAAUUCACACAGAAUUUAUUAUAUUUAUUAUUAUUGACAUAACUUCUUACUAAUACUUUAAUUUGCUUAAUUUCUAUUAACUGAAUACCCGAAUUGUAUGAUAAGUAUUUUUUUUUUAUUUGCUAAUAAUAACGCUUUGAAAUUUAUUUAAUUUUAAAUAUGUAUACAAAUAUUAUAUUAGGU